AGAGAGAGAGAGAGAGAGAGAGAGAGAGAGAGAGAGCAGAAGGAAAGGAUAAGAAAGCAGAGCCGUGACACCGCAGCUGACUUUCUCUACAGACCUGAGAGUGGACUCUACUAGAGAGGAGACAGUAGAGAGAAGAAAACCCCUGCCAUGCCCGGUUCUCCUGUGGAUGCUAAGACUCAUUCCAGAUCAGCCCCCAGCAGCAGCACCACCAGCUCCACGAUGCCACCCCUGCCGUCCGUCAACCCCAGCGGUCCUCGGCCCGCCUCUUUCUCCACCACAGCAUUGACCAAUGGGAAUCACCAUUCCCCGCCCACCUUGAAUGCAGUGCCAUCUCCACCACAGCGUUACAGCAACGGACCGUCCUCGUCCUCGUCCUCGUCACUAGCCAACCAGCAGCUGCCGGCCACCUGUGGGGCCCGCCAGCUGAGCAAACUGAAGCGUUUCCUGACCACGCUCCAACAGUUUGGCAACGACAUCUCUCCAGAGAUUGGAGACAGUGUUCGAAGCCUAGUCCUGGCUCUUGUGAAUUCAACAGUCACCAUCGAGGAGUUUCACUCCCGGCUGCAGGAGGCCACAAACUUCCCCCUCCGCCCCUUCGUCAUUCCUUUCCUGAAGGCAAACCUUCCCCUGCUGCAGAGGGAGUUGCUCCACUGUGCGCGGGCGGCCAAGCAAACUCCAGCCCAGUACCUGUCCCAGCACGAGCACCUCCUGCUGAGCACCACGCUGGCUUCCUCUCCAGACUCCUCUGAGCUGCUGAUGGAGCCUCCUGAUGCUGGCGCCAAGAGACACAGCCCCAGCAGACCGAAAGAAAACGGCUUCCACGAACGUCCGCCGAUAUCACUGGAGCCCGCCGCCAAACGAAUCUGCACCAUCAGCCCCGCUCCACGACACAGCCCCGCCCAUACGCUUCCCAUCAGCACGCAGCUCCACCCGACGCCUCCGCCCUUGCAGCACUACGCCCUGGACGACAUCGCAGCGCCGCACAUCCUGCACCGCGAGCACAGUCAACGCAUGCUGGAGAUUCGCGAGCUCAAAGACAGACCCAGACUACCUGGAACUAAUGGAGGGUACCGUGAGGAGCCAGUGGACCACAGACUGACAGACAGAGAGUGGGCUGAUGAAUGGAGGCAUCUGGACCAUGUGUUGAAUUGUAUUGUGGACAUGGUGGAGAAGACGCGGAGGUCAGUGAGUGUCCUCAGGCGGUGCCAGGAGUCCGAUCGCGAGGAGCUCAACUACUGGAAACGACGUUCGAGCGAGCAGGAGGAUCCGCGCAAAGGAGGCUCAGGCUCCACCCCCUUCUCCAAGACACACAGCCCCCAGUCUGCAGAGACAGAAUCUCAGCGUGACUUCACUCCACGGCCCAGCUCAGCAUACGUUACAGAUGAGAUCUGGAGAAAAGCUGAAGAAGCGGUAAACGAGGUGAAGCGCCAGGCCAUGGACGAGGUACAGAAGGCCGUAGCCGAGGCCGAGCAGAAGGCUUUCGAGAUGAUCGCCGCCGAAAGAGCUAAAAUGGAAAAGACUCUGGCUGAGGCGAAGAGGAAAGCUAAGGAAGACGCCAUCAUGGUCAUCAACGAACAGGAGGAUUCCAGUGAGUGUUGCUGGAACUGCGGGCGAAAGGCGAGCGAGACGUGUAGCGGUUGUAACGCAGCUCGCUACUGCGGCUCCUUCUGUCAGCACAAAGACUGGGAGAGACACCACCUCAUCUGCAGCCCCGGACUUCAAGCCCAACCAAAACCUAUUUCCACCAUCACUGCAGGCCGGGCAGCUGCUGCGGCCAACGCCGCGGCCUCAGCUGGCAUCUCCCCGCUGGGCCUGGCUGGAGUCAAAGCCCCUGACAGCGUACCUUCGGUCUCCAGCCCCGGUGGAGAAAAGGCUUCAGUUGCUUCUCGCUCCACCACCCCGUCUACCCCAGCUUCUGCCUCUGAGGCUAACGGACACUAAGUCGGUGAAAGACGUUAGCGAUGAAAGUGUCGGAAAAAGAACUGAAUCAGCACAACCAGCAAACCCUAUUUGCGGAGUUGAAACCCAUUCCUCCUCAUAAUCUUUUGGCAGUUGAUAAAGGAACAGAUUAGUGGCUGACGGUUUGAGCGGUACGUCAACAGGGACGUCGGCUUUGGCACCGAGAAAGGAAAGGUCUUGUCUGAAAUGGAUCCACUGGAGAACAGAUCUUCCGAACAGACGGAAACAUCGACCGCCUUUGGUCAAAACCAACAAAAUGUGGGAUCCAGGAGGGGGAGCAAAUAAAAACAGUCAACUUGGUCUCUGACAUCCCUGCAGAGAGGAAGUUGUGGGAGAAAAAUGAUGGAGGAGAUAAGGAAACAGCGAGGUUAUAAAAAUGAUUUUUCUUCAUCGUGUGGAACUUGAGUAUAAAGACGUGAUGUUGUAAAAUUAAAAAAAAAAAAGAAAAAAAAAGGUCCUGAUCCUGUGGGGGACAUCACAGUAGACCACAUAAGACUCUAAUUCCUGUAUACAUGAUCACGUGUGUGUGAUACGGUCGUGUUGUCGCUGAUAAAAUGUACUGUGUUACUCCUUCUCAUAGCAAUAUUUAAAUGAAUAAUUCAGGUAUCAAACUUCGACCAACUGACAACUUCUACCAAAGUUUCCAGUCACUGAAGAACCCCACCGUUGCUCCCGUCGUCCCGCCUGUAAGCGCUCGUCUGAAGAGGAGAUGAUUAACCGCACGUUCUUUCUCCUUAUGGUCAUGUUUUUGUUUUUCCUAAAGAGAACAGGAUGUAAUGGGAAUAUUUGGGUUGUGGUUCCUUUUCCGCCACACGUCCACGUCAUCUGUGGUGGAAGACAAGGUCAAAGGGGUUCUUCUCUGACACCAGCACCGCUGCAGUGUUUUCAUCAGAAGAGACUCGAUUAGUAAUUUAAUAAAUAACCUGAUGUCACAUUACUGUGGUUUCUGUUUGGAGCACGUCUUUCUUUCCCCGCCCCACGAUCUCAGGAGCUAGACGUUUAUUUGUCCGUACAGACCGUUCUGAACCCCGGCUCACGGUUCCAUCCACUCAGACUCCAGUCUGUGGUUUAGCGCAGGACUUUGUAUCAUACACCUUGUUUAUCGCUCACCGAUUUUCUCCUCCGUUGUAAGACUUUGUAAAGACUGAUAUGAAAGAACGCUUUUAUUAUUAUUUUUUUUGCGAGCCACAUUGUUCCUCUGUCGUUCUCUGAACAUGUUCUUUGAUUAUGAGGCUAAACAUCUUCAUUUGAAAUAAAAAAGUUAUUACAUGAAGUAAGAAAUAAACUAAAUAGAAUGAA